GUCGUACUGCAAGGCCUUGGGUGUCGAAAGCUCGAUCACUGCAAACACCAGACGAUGGCGACUGUAUGCACACCAGCAGGCGGUGCUUGCUCGGCAAAAUGUGAUACGGCAGUUGUGAGAAUGCACCCACAGCGUUGCUCUUGGGCGGCGGGUUCGACGCAGGAGCUCAACGGCAUUCGUGGCCUACACACCCCUCCUUCCUCCCAGUCAAGCAUGUCACACCGGGCAGAAUAAGAAUGACACUAUUCGCUUGAUAUUGCGCCGGUACAGUGGAGAUGCACCACAGCAGCCUGGAGGAUGAAGAGGAAAGUGCGAAAGUCAUGUUGGGAAACGCAAUGCUGAUGCGCGAGUCGCUGCUGUGGUGUCUGGUUCCCGGGCUUCCGAACUCUGUGAUUCAGCGCGAACUUGCUGACAACACGACCAGCUAUAUUAGUCUGAGUUACCUUAUCGGUUGUAAAGAUUCUGCCAUUCCAUUGUCGAACUUCACUACCCGCGGUGGAAAUGCGGCGGCAUUACAGCUCACUUCUUUGCGUUUCGUCGCACCUGGCUUCUUCCAUUGCCUUCCCAUGCUGAAGCUGUGCUUCCUGUUGCUGCAUCAGCCAUCGGCCCCCAUUCUCCUAUACUGCAAACUGCUUACUGCCAUCGAAGCCGCCAUCUCUGCCUUCUCUCCGUUCUGCUCGUUAUGACAUGCUUGGUCGCGGCAAAACAUAAGUGCUUGCUUCUUCAGGCUAGCCCGGACUAGCGCAACACCCCGAGUGCUGUUUUCUCUUCUACCUGCUCGGCUCGACAAGAUCGAUUGAAAGGAA